UCUCCCGACCAGGACAACUGGGACGACGAGGAGGAGGAGGUGGAGGAGGAGGAGGACAAGGAGAAGGAGAAGGAGGCCGAGCCCGAGGCCAAGCCAGAACCCAAAGUUUCAGAGAAGAAGAAAGCGGCAGAGAAGAUGCGGGAGAGGGAAAAGCUGCAGAAGAAGAAGCAGGAGGAGGUUAAGAAAAGGUUAGAGGCAUCCGAAGAAUCUAAAGAACUUACGCCGGAAGAGCAGUUAGCAGACAAACUCCGAUUGCAGAAAUUGCAAGAAGAGGCAGACCUUGAGUUAGCAAAAGAAACCUUUGGUGUAAAUAACAUAUGUGGAAUAGAUACUAUGAAUCCAUCGUCAAAAGAUGAUUUUACGGAAUUUGGGAAAUUGUUAAAAGAAAAAAUAACACAAUAUGAGAAAUCUCUAUAUUAUGCUGGAUUUUUGGAAACAUUAGUUCGAGAUAUAUGUAUUUCAUUGGAAGUCGAUGACUUGAAAAAGAUUACCAAUUCGUUGACGGUGCUAUGCAGUGAGAAGCAGAAGCAGGAGAAGCAAAAUAAAGCCAAAAAGAAGAAAAAAGGUGUGGUGCCUGGCGGAGGUCUAAAAGCAACUAUGAAAGAUGACCUGGCAGAUUACGGUGGUUACGACGGUGGCUAUGUGCAAGACUACGAAGACUUCAUGUGACCCGUUCUUUCUGUCUUUUGGUUUGCCCACGCUCCCCUAACUGUAGCACAACUUCCUUCCUUUCAAUUCUGCCAAAUGCCACAACCAGAAAGUGCAGUGUCUUUGUGCUGUUGGUUAUCCGGUCACGACUUGACACAUUGGAAUACCUGCCUUGAUGCCGAGGGAAUAAAAUUAUGAAGCCCAAUUUUUUAUUCAAUGAUAGGAAAUAAUGGAAUAUCGAUAAUGUGUGUCUUCAUAGCAGCGAAGCAGCACUAAAUUGGACAUUAAUUUUGACAUGGCCGAAGUUGUAUUAUUACCAGCAGAGUUAGUAAUAACAAUCUUAACUGUACCUUUUUUACAAGACUCUACCCAGAAAACAAAAGCAGUUUGCAGCAAAUGCAUGGGUUUGCAGUAGUAUUAAAAAUGGCUUUUCUCUCUAUUAGAACUUGGUUUUUCAGCGGCUUGAGGGACUUGUGACGUAGCUAUAACUUUCCCUGACUUCCAAGUGUGAAAGGGGCAAAUGGGCUGUUUCUCUUGCAGUGGGAGGGGGAGGAGCCUUGUCUGAGCAGUUCAGUUUACACUCUGCUGAUUCUUUGGAACAAUUCUUUGUCACCAGAUUUUGGUGGCUCUCACAAGACGGCUGUUUUUUCAUGCAUAGGAAUCCUGCUUAGCAAACUGCAACAGUUAUAAUAGUUGGGCAAAUUGUUAUGUUCAGAAUUAUGACAUCUGCAAAUGUUUUAUAAAAGCAACUAAUUUAAUAAAAUCACUAUUGUGAGGACUGA